AUGGCUAUUUUAGUUAAACUAAGACAAAAAUGUAUAGAUGAAGAAGAUUAAGAGUCAUGCUAUUCUGAAAUAAGGAAUACGCACAAGUAAUUUACUGUACAGGAAUCUGAUAAGAUUGAAAUACAUUUAGAGGAAGAAAAGUGUAAAUCUCAAAGCAGAAAUCUUUAAGAAAAUGAUACUCUAAAAGGUGCAAUAUAAUAUGGAAAUGAUUUGAAUUUUUAGCUAUAACCUGAGAAGGAGAAUUUGUAAACACACAGGGAUAUACUUCAUGAGAUAUAAAGAGUUUAAUCCCUUGACCAAUUUAAACUGAGAAGUAUGACUUACUAGGGAGAAGCAUUUUAGUAAUUAGAUCUAGAUGUAGAUUUAUCUUAGUAGCAAUUGAAAGUUGACUUAAAUGAAUGUAAUAAAUAGAUUAAAUAGAAGCAUUACUUAAAAAACGACCCAAAGUUAAAUAAAUAAAGAAGGUAUAGACUUUUAGAAUCGAUUUGCUCAGCUAAAAUAGAAACUAACUUUUUUUGCUGGAGAUCAAAAAAUAACGAUACAGAUUAGCUUUCACUUUCAAGUCUAUUGUAUCUCAAUCAAAUCAAAAGCUUCUUGUGCUUAUUUUUUAUAUUAUUUAUCUUGGGUUUACCUUCAUUUUAUAUUUGUGCAAAAAUUAGUAAAGACUAAAAAUACGAAUACAUAAAUGACUUCUAAGUGUUCUUACUUUACCCUACAAUAGCAGGUAUUGGCUACAAAUUUUGGCAAUGUGACAUGCUGAUUGUGAAUAAAUCAUUAGAUUAGACAAUAGAUUUAAAAUGCUCACAAGGAGUUUUAGACUUUUAAUUUGCUCAAAUAGGAUUAACAAGUCCUUAAGAUACUUCAAGCUUUUACGGUUGUGAGUUCAUAUAAUUAGAAAAAGUUGAAGUUGACUGCUUGAAAAGUGAUAUAAAUACUUAAACAACAUUUAAAAACAUUUACAGUAGAUGCUAAAAUAAAAAUGCUUGCUAAAUAAGCUCAAUUGAGGUUUUAAAUAUGUUUGAUCUUAAUGAUAGUUGUGUGAAUAAUCUUAAACAGUAAAAUAUGUUCAUUUCUGCUCCUUGUAGAAAUUAAAAUGUGGAUAUUUUUGGUAUCCCUACAUCUAACUAUCAAGCAUCUGUUGCUGUUAUUCUUUUAUAGACUUUUGGAAUAAUACUUUGUUUGUUAUUCUUCAUUCACCAGUUGUUUAUCAAUAAGAGGAUUAAGAAUAGAAUAAAAAAGAAAAUUACACUGGUUUAAAAGUAUACACUAGAAAUUUAAAGCAUACCUAAGAUGCACUUUAAUUGGACUCAAGAACUACUUUGGUUGCAUCUCUAAAGAACUUUGAACGAAUACACUUAAGAAAACUCAUAAAAAGAAAUUAAAAUAAUUGAUGUCAAAAUGGCUCUUCCUGAAUGUUUUAUUUAAAGAGACUUAGUUCUUAAAAAGUAUUAAGAAAGUAUGAAAAAUAAAGUGAUUAGAUUUAUAAACAAAUAUGAUCCUGAUAAGUUGGGAUUAGGAAAUGGAAUCUAUAAAAUAUAAAUAGAUUAGCUAAGAAAAAUAUUUGAUUUUGUUAACAAUCCUAAAACAAAGAAAGAAUGCUAUAAUGACUUAAUGGAUAUUAUUAAAAAGAAAUCAAAUAUCGAGAAACUUAAAGAAUAAAUUAGUAAAAUCGAAUUUAAUAAAUAUUCACAUUCAUCUAAAGCUUUUGUAACAUUUGAGGCAAAGCAUUAGCGAGAUAGAGCAAUUUUUAUUAUGUAAGAAACCAUGGUUGGGUAUUACUUAAAAUAAUUUCUAUAUCUUUUUAUAUAAUGCUGCUCAAAAAAAUUUUAAUUUUCAAAAUUUCACUUGAAGUAGAAUGUUUUGUUCAUACUCAAAUCUGCAAGUCCAGAUGUAUUAAUUUGGUAAAAUCUCUUUGUUGGAUAACUUAUGUCAACAUUAUGCUUAAUAGUUACUCUCUUGAUACCUCUUAUUUUGAGCUUAAUAACAAUUUUACUAAUAAAGUAUGGAGAUGUUUUAAGGCAAAUAUUCAAUAUUUUUUCUCCUACUUUAAAUUGCUUUGGACACAGGUCAGAUAAUGAAAGUGUACUACUUUAGUAACCUCUAGAUCCAAAUUAAGUGUAUUGUUUUUGUUCAAACAAUGAGUUUUCAAAUAAUGAAACCUGUUUACAAAUUUACAAGGCGACAUAAUUAAAAAAAUUAUAUCCUUUCUUAAUAAUGCUGAUAGUCAAUAUAUCAUGCGUGUUAUCAACUAAAUUAAUUAAGUUGUGUGUCAAAAGUUAUAAAGUAUCAGAUAGAAUAUCUAAAGAUAUUUCUCUUUUUUAGCUAUUAUCUUUAUUUAAAAUAGGAACAAACAUUGGAAUGUACUACGUUGUAAAUAAAUUCUCUUUAAAUGGAGAGAAUAGUUAAAGCAACAGUAAUUUUGGAAACUAUAUUGAUUUUUCACCUGAGUGGUUUAGGAAUGUAGGAAUGUUCUUUUGCAUUCACUAUCUCAUAAAAAUAGCCCUUUACAUUAUUUACAAUAUCAUCUAUUUAAUUUACAGAAAGAUUCGAUUACUCAUAGAUCAUAAAUGCAAAAAGAAAAAAACAGAGACUUUUUAAAAAACAAAUUUUGAUUACAUAAAUAUGCAUUAAGGUCCUGAGUUUGAAAUUGCUAAUUCUUACUCUGAUGUUUUUGAAUAUUUAUGUGUAUCUAUGUUCUUUGGAUUUGGAAUGCCGUUUUUCUAUUUUAUCACUUUUUUGUUCUUGACAUUUCACAUAUACUUUGAAAAAUAUUACAUAUUUAGGCAUUGCAGGAAAGAAUCUUAUUAGUACAACAGUAAAAUAUCUAAUGCUUUCAUGGCUUUCAAUUUUUAUGCAAUUCUAACAAGCCUUCUAUUUUUGGUAAUGACUUAUGUGAACAAAAGAAUAUUUUUUGAAGUAUAUCUGUAAAACACAGAUUUGAAUUACUCUUAAUUUAAUUAGUAAAAUAAAAUUAAUCGGAUACCUACUUUUGCACCUUAAAACUUUUAAUCAUAAGGUUCAUAUUUUAUGAAAAUAAGCACCAUCACUUAUGCAGUUUUAUUUUCUUGCUACUAUUUAAGAAGAAGAAUUAAAAGAUUCUUAAAGUACCUGAGCUAUAUCAGUAAAUAUAAAAUUUAACGUAAAGUUAAAUUAAAUGAAGAUUCACAAAUCAAGAAUUAACCAUUUGACUCCCAAUCUAUAUAUCAAAUUUACUCAAUAAGAUAGUUGCAAGAGCUUUCAUUGCUUUAAGAAUAUUAUAUAGAAAAAGAAGUUUCUGAUAUUAGAAAAUAAAGAUUUAUAAAUAAGAAAAAAGAUAUUGAUUAAGUUAUCAAAAACAAACUUGAUGAAAACUUAGAUUUAGAUUAUUCAGAAAAACCUGUCAGUGGAAGCUUAAGCUAUGACAUUAUGCUUAAUCCAAAGUAUAGCAGGUAUUUUGAUUGGAAAACUGAACUGACCAUUUUAAAAAUGAAUAAAGCAAAAAAGGAAGAAAUAUUUAGUAAAUUGACUGAGAGUCUUGCAAUAUAAAAAUAAAUUUAAGAAGUCUAAAAGAAUGAAAGCACUUCUAAAAUUAUUUAGUAAUUUAAAAACCAAAUAAAGAGCAGAUAUUAAUCAUUUAAAGAUUCUAAGAAAAAUGAAUCCUCUUGCACACAAGAUAAUUCAAAUCAAAUGAAAUUUAUAAAUAAAAACGAAGAUUAGAAAUAAUAAAAUCAGAUUUAAAAUUAAUAAAAAUAAUCUUAGGAUUUGGUUAAAAAUAAUCAUGGUGAUUCUAUAAUUUAAGGUAGCAAAGAUAGCUAGAAUUAAAUGGUUGAAAAUUAAAUUUUAUCCUAAGAAGAGUUAUUUAACAGUAUGAGAAGAAUUGAUCAUCACCAGAGUGUACCAUAAUUCUACUAAGUUAAAAAAUAAAUAUGA